AUGGGGUUCUUCACCCACCCAACGUCCUACCGACUCAAUGCGAUUAUUGCAGGCAAUGACGUCCCAUCCAUCUCCACCACCUCCUUCUCCCUCUUCGCACGGCGAGUAAACGAUCAUGAAUCCCAUCCAGCCCUUGGCCAUCUCGUACUACUGGUAUUCGAAGCGGUGAUGGAGGUCGUAUGUGUCGCUUUGCCAGGAUACAUCGUUGCGAGGCAGGGAAUGUUCGAUGCAGACAAGCAGAAGUUCGUGGCGAAUCUGAAUGUAGCUCUGUUCACGCCUUGUCUGAUUUUCACAAAACUGGCUAAGCAAUUGACUGCGGAUAAAUUGGGGGAACUGGCUGUCAUUCCAGUGAUCUUCGUUGUGCAAACUUUAGUCUCUUACCUAGUCUCGAUCGCUGUCUCCAAAGGAUUCGGGUUCACGAAAAGGCCAACGAACUUUGUGACGGCUAUGGGGGUGUUUGGAAACUCGAACUCCCUCCCAAUUUCUCUCGUCAUUUCCCUAUCGCAGACAUUGAAAGGACUGCAUUGGGACAAGAUACCCGGUGACAACGAUGACGAGGUCGCAGCACGAGGAAUCCUCUAUUUAUUAAUAUUUCAACAGCUUGGACAACUGGUGAGAUGGAGUUGGGGAUAUCAUGUCCUGUUGGCACCACCUGAAUCGUACGAACCCGAUAACGAAGACAUUGAAGGCGGAAGAUACAGAGAUGAUCCCAGUGAGGUCCUUAUUCCUGGCCUGGAUGGUAAUGAGGAGGAAUACGAAGGAACAAAUGGAAAUGGGACUUCGUCUACAAACUCUUUCGAGUCUGGUGGUAGGACCCCUAUUACCAAUGCUCGAUAUGCAGGCUCAGUGGAUUCAGAAGAUGAGCCAAGCAAGGUUCCAAGUCUUCUCCCAACUCCUGCCAACGGGAACGCGCUUCCCAGCAAUGAAUCAAACAGCCAUAUUACCUCAUUUCCCAGCAUCCGUACACCAACUCCGGGCGACGAGCGGGAUAUCCCAAGCGGCAUCAAGGGCAUAAUUCCCCUACUACGCCUCCGAACUAGACGAGGGGUCAAUAUUGUAUCCCGCAAAAUCGAAACGACUUUCCAGAAGGCUUUCCAUACCUUGCCUAGAUCCGCCCAGAGCGUGCUUUCGAAAAUCUAUAACCUCCUCUCCCGCUUUCUUGCGGGGGCCUGGGAAUUCAUGAACCCACCGCUUUGGGCAAUGCUCAUCGCAGUAAUCAUCGCCUCGAUUCCCAAACUCCAGCACCUCUUCUUCGCGGACGGCUCAUUCAUCGCCAACUCAGUCACCAGUGCCAUCGCCCAAUCUGGUGGCGUCGCCGUACCUCUCAUCCUAGUCGUACUGGGCGCCAACCUGGCACGCAACACCCUUCCCAAAGAAGCAUACGAUGAGAACUCAGAAGAGAACCAGAUUGGCACAAAGCUGCUCGUUGCAUCCCUGAUCUCACGUAUGCUUCUCCCAACCAUUAUCAUGGCACCUUUGCUUGCAUUGGCAGCAAAGUACGUGCCAGUGAGCAUCCUCGAUGAUCCUAUCUUCGUCAUCGUGUGCUUCUUGCUCACGGGUGCGCCGAGCGCCUUGCAGCUGGCACAAAUUUGCCAGAUUAAUGGUGUGUAUGAAGGCGUGAUGAGUAAAUUGCUUUUCCAGAGUUACGUUAUUUGGAUUCUUCCAUCAACGCUCAUUCUCGUUAUGUGCGCGCUCGAGGUCGUCGAAUGGGCGAAUGCCGUCUGA